AUGGCGGGCACGCUGACGUAACGGGAAAACCGCACAGAAUCUGUAUCCGGAAGGAAGUUGGUCCUAGACCGAAUCGGUACCGGUGCACAGGGGCUCAUCAGCAGCACGUUUCCCAUUUUAAAACGUGGUUCUGUCGCACUGACAUCAGUCAUCAUUUCCCCCUUCAGACUCGGGUGUGUUUUUGCUGCUAGGCUGUCCAGGAGAAGCAGCAUGUCCACCGACUCUUUGACCCGGAGGAUGGUGUGGGUGGACCUGGAGAUGACCGGUCUUGACAUUGAGAAGGACCAGAUCAUUGAGAUGGCGUGCCUCAUCACAGACUCUGACCUGAACAUCUUAGCAGAGGGGCCCAACCUGAUCAUUAAGCAGCCAGACGAGUUGCUGGACGGGAUGUCGGAGUGGUGUAAAGAGCAUCACGGGAAGUCAGGAUUGACCCAGGCCGUACGAGACAGUAAAAUGUCACUGGAGCAGGCAGAGUACGAGUUUCUGUCUUUCAUCAGGCAGCACACCCCACCUGGACACUGUCCUCUGGCUGGAAACUCCGUGCAUGCAGACAAGAGGUUUCUGGAUAGGUUCAUGCCACAGUUCAUGUAUCACCUUCACUAUCGAAUCAUUGAUGUCAGCACCAUCAAGGAGCUCUGCAGACGGUGGUUUCCAGAGGAAUAUAAAACAAUACCUCAGAAGAAAGCAAGUCACAGGGCUCGACUUUUUGGAACAGCAUUCCUACUCAAGUGAGAGAAAGCUCAAGUUUUGUUAAUUUCAAAAGACGAUUGAAACUGUGGCUACAGGAAACUCAAAGAUGCAAUCAUAGAUGACACUUUUAUUUGUUUUUACUCUUGUCUUUUUUGUAAAAUGUGUUAACUGUUUUUUUAUGUAUAUUGUUGUCUGUCUUAUCUCUUUUAACAUUAACCUGUCAGAGGACGGCAGAUGGAAAUUAGCCUAAGGCUACAAUCUGGUAUAUUUACAGUUGUAUUGCUGUUCAUAAAUAUGCAUUGUCCUCUCUUUAAAUAAAGAAAUAAAAAAAGACUGCCCACAAUAAAAGGACACCCUGAAAUGUGCAGUUUGAUCAAACAGCACAAUGCCACAGAUGUUGCAACCUUUGAGGGAGCAAGCAAUUGGCAUGCUGACUGCAGGAAUAUCUAUCAGAGCUGUUGCCCAUGAAAUGAAUGUUAAUUUUCUACCAUAAGCCGUCUCCAAAGGCAUUUUAGAUAAUUUGGCAGUACAUCCAACUGGCCUCACAACCACAGACCACGUGUGACCACACCAGCCCAGGACCUUCAUGAGAAAUAGCGAGAAUCAAAUUCAACUUCUCCUCCCCCCAGGAACUCAGGAGAUGGCCUCCUAGAUGGGUCCCACAGUUCUAAUUCGGGGGUGGAACACUGUUCCAAUGAUGUUACACCACUUACACACUAGCAUCGGCUCCACUCCGCGCCACCUGCCCCAGCCCGGUGGCGUUCCUUACACACUGCCUUAGGAAUGGGGACAUGAUUGAGCACAUUGGUGGUCUGUGGCCUGAAAUGUCAUGAGUGUGGGCGGGGCGGUUUCUCCAUUAUUAAAUAAAAGUGGACAGAGCAAUCUUGCUUUUGGAGACUCUGACUCUGAUUUUGCAUCCUGCUUUGCUGUGUGUGUGUGUUGUUGCUCACAGCAGUGAGAGAUGGAGAAAAACAGUUUCAGUCAGAGGCUCGUUAACUCCACAGCAUCUUGAAUGAUAAUGAAUCGCGCACAUUGUUUCUAUCAGCCAAUCGAAGGCUCCCCCUAAUGGUACAUGUGAUUUUGAGCUGGCCAGUCAGUCAGCAGUGGGUGUGUCAGCCCUGUUUGGCUCCAGGCAGACCGCCUUGGGAAGAGGGCUGAAAAGAUGUCUGGUUGCGCACAGAAAAAUCCGAGGUUAUCUAAAUGAAAACACACCCAAUUCGGUCCAGGUGGAGUGGAGCCGAUGCUAGUGUGAAAGUGCCACCUCUACAGGGAUGGGGCAGAACAUGAAGCAAGUGGCCAUUGUGAAUUGUAUUGUGAAACCAACUGUACAUCAGGCAUACACAGCGCCAUUCCUGAGUGCUCUCCGAGAGCGUUCGUGUGCAUGGUGCAGGUGGGACACGUGCUGCGUCCGACAGCUAAGCUCAGUCCCCUACCACCACCAGUCAUUCCAAGCAAGCAUCGGGAGCGCCCAUCGACAUAUAAAUAUUGGACAGUGGGUUUCCAUAGGCUCCAAUAAUACGUUUUUGAGCUAAAAUGGGAGGUGGCCACCACCGCCAUUUUGACCAUGUCACAGGUUCCGUCAAGCCCAGACAAUUCCACAAAAGGGAAGAGAGGUGGAGCUGAGGGUGGGGCUGUAAGGCUGGGAUCAACUGACGACACCAGGUCAAACUAGCUACAAGCUAACCUGAAGCUAACCCAAAGCUAACGCGGAGGUGGGAGCGAAGCUAACGGAGGUAGCAACCUAGCUACAACCGGAGUUAACUGUGCACAACACCAGAGCUUCUGAGUCAGCGAUACGCCGGGCUGAGCGCUGGGUAAAACCGGGUGGAACACAGAGGUCUCCCGAGAGCUCCACAAGCUGGCAGCCGCACAGCAGACAAGCGCUGCUACGAUCUGAGAUGCGCAGAGCUGCCGCUGGGGAGAACCGGGUGGAAAGGUUUCCAUCCCAGAGCUCCACAAGCCGUCAGCCCGCGCAGCAGACAGAAACCGCAAUCAGACAGAGAUGUGCCGAGCUGCAGGGAGGGGAGAACGGGUGGAAAACAUCUGUCUCCUGAGAGCUCCACAAGCCGAUAGUCGGAACCCAGCUCCACCAACAUGUUAUAUUUCAACCCAUUUUCUAAAGUGCAGCAAUAUGUUAAAUGCACUGGGUUUUACCCUAUUACAUUUAAAUUUCAUGGUUAAACAGUACAUGUUAAAAUCUAAGCUCAGCUCGGCAGUGACCUAAAAUACAUAAAUAUAAUUUUACUUACAGAAAAAAAUGAAGUGGAGACUCCUUGGACGCUCUAUUAGUGCAAUUAAUGCCACAGCAAGUCAUUUUGUCCAACAGUUGCACAAAAAAUAUCCAAAAAAGAAUACACAAACACAGAGACUCAAAAUCCCAGAACAGUUUCCAAGCCAGACCGAGGCUCUACUGAAGCCUUUCCACUGAGCGGUCACGUGGGUCGAAUGCUCAUUAAUUAUACAGAAUUUUAGGCUUUUAAUACACUUAAACAGAAGAGUGAGAAAAAAAUUCACCCUCCUCAGAGUUGUCAUGAGUGUAAACUAGAUCAUUUAAACAAAAAACAUGUUUUGGAACCAGUCUGUAAACAUGUUUAUUUCUGCUGUGAAAUUGGUAUUUUUAACAUGGGAGUCAAUGAGGAUUUGCUCGCUUCUGACACCAGCCCCCAGCGGAUGAGGGUGGAACUACAAUUUUUGGUACUUCCGGGUUGGCCUCAAUUUUUGAGCCGCAUUGUGGGGGCUUAGGAGCGCCGCAUGGCGUGCAGUUCUCAAAAGGGCGAGUUGAGAAGCCCAGAAGCACAGUCAGUCUCCGCAGCAGAGCCCUGGUGGCGAGUUAAAUUGAGACGCUUGUGAUUGACGUAGAGGCACAAUGUUUUAUUGUCUUCCAGUGGCAUGUUGUUGUUCCAUCAGUGAGCUGUUGGUGGCAGAGCUGCUGGGCGAUUGCUGCUGAAUGUUGUAUUAUAAUAAUAAAUGUGGGAAUGUUCAUAGUUUAGCUCUUUUCUACAAUCCCAUCAGUUUUACACAAAUUACUGUAAAUGACCACGUUAAUAUUUUGUAAAGUAGUUCGUAAAGUUAUGAGCGACUGUUAUAUUGUUGGAGCGGAUGCUCUUACUUUGAAAGUCACAGAGCGACAAGGUGCCAUAAAUCAAGUGGCGUAAACUAUAUAGCCAAAGUGCGAGAUCUAAUGCACAGAGAGAAGGUGUGCUCUAUUGUUAAUGGACGGGAAUGGGAAAAAGAACGGCUAUUAAGGUGCAAAGCAGUUUCUUAGCACCUGGUUGAUGAGGGAACAAGGUUUGUAACAAAGUUUGUCCUGUAGAAAUGCACUUUGCUAAGUUUUUUUUACCCGCUAGAGGGUGCUAACGUAUCUUGUCAUGUCUAGGCAGCGAUGCAACGAUUUCACUGUUCUAUGCCAGUGGUUCCUAACCUGGGGGUCCCGACCCCCACAAGGGGGCGCCAAAGCCUCUCAGUGGGUCGCCAGGACCUCUCCACUUUAAGGGGUUAAAACUUCAUUUAUUACUUGUUUAUAGCCUACAUUUUGCUCACAUUUUUUUUUUUCAUGAGUGAAAAGUUUACUGAUAUUAAGACAGGAAAUAAUUAGUACAGAAAGAGUAACACACUUUUAAGAACAUUUUGCUCAGCUCACUGUUUUAUUUUCAAGUGUCAAAAGUUCAUUAAAGAUAGGACUGGUUGAUUAAUCACAGCCUUUACAGUAAAUAAUCUAGUAUAAACAGUAAUAUACACAUUUAAGUACAUUUUGCUCAGUGUAUUUUUUAUGUGUCAAACGUUUAUUGAAAGGAAUGAUUGAUUUAUCAGUGUUUACAAGAAACAAUGUGUUCAGAAAAGUAAAACAAACUGUCAAGCACAUUAUGCUCUGUUGGUUUUGUUAAUGACUUUGUUCUGUACUGGAGCCUACUAUUACUGUUUUCUAUUGAAUCAAAGCAUAUUAAAAUGUGCUUGAACAAUUUUAUCAUUUCUUAAUAAUGUUUGUACUGGAAGAGAGAAUGGGAGGGGGUGGUCAAAAAUUUUACUGGUAAAAAGGUUGGGAACCACUGUUCUAUGCAAUAAUUGACAAGUUUCAGUGUUAUUUGUUAUGAAAGGUAAAGAGAAUUAAUUUGUGAUGAAUAAACAAGUCCAAGUGGUUAAAGGUAACACACUGUUUGAUUUACUAAUAGUCUUUUAUUCUGUAUGUGGUAGCUCUUACGGUGUGUUCACACGCACGGCUUUUUAAUAAAAGGAUUGUGAACCAUCAGUUUGAGAGACCAUCUCUUCAACCGGGGAUGCUACAAUUACAAAUACUUGUAUGUAUUAAU